CGCUUCCUCGGGCUCACCUCACCUCUUAACCCCCCCACCAAUCACACAUAACCGCCUCCAUGCAUCACCAACGCCGAAGGUCCGGGCAUGCUUCUGGCAACACUUCGAUGACCGACGUCCGAAAAGCUCCUUCGACCCGACCUACCCUGACAAGGAGAACCACAACCCCUCAAACCUCCCAGAAGCUGGGCAGGAACAUGAGGGAUCGUGAGAGGCAGAUGGAAGAAGAGCGUUGGUUUGAGGAGGAGCGGGAAAGCUUUCCCCAGUUCUGCAUGUCUUGCGAGAAGCAGUUUAUCCCCGAUCACGACCAAUCCCUCUAUUGCUCCAAGGACUGCCGCUUAAGCGACCAAGAAGGUUUCGGUGCCUCUUCAUCCUCAUCUCGCAGCUGGAUCGGGUCGAACGCUCCAACUUACUACCCUUUCUACUCGGCCUCCUCAGAGCCGCGAGACAUCAUCCCCCGCGCAUCUCCAUCGCGUCCCAACUCAACAUAUGUCUCCCCACCUACCACCCCGGGAACCGGCCAGUCCUCAGCCAUCAAUGCCCUCAAAUCUUCCCUUUAUGGCAGCAGGCCAGCCAGCCCCCCCUCUCCGCCGCCUGUAGGCAGCUACCACGCGAACGUUUGGCCUUUCUCCAACCGCAGCUCGGCCGCCAGCCCCAACAACUCGUACUCGAACCAGCAGUCCGGUUUUUUCUCCUCUACGUAUGAGGGCCACUACUAUGGCGGUGCGGGAGAUGCGUAUAAUGACCGACCGCUACCAAGCCGCAGGCCAGGGAUCUACUCGAGGCCGAAGAGCAUUGAGCUUGUCACCCCCUUGGUAGGGAGAUAACAGUCAUUGUUUGCUUCUUCUGCUUCUCUUUCUGCUUCCGACAAAAGAACACUUUUCUUUUCUUUUCUCCGACAUCACUUUUAUUGUUAUUGAGCAUCUUACUGGUUACCUGCGUGUCAUUGGCAUACCAGAUUUGGGCAUGGGCACACUAAAAACCGGGGUUGUUUUGGCCGGAUUAGAUAUCGUUCGGCGCUUCUUUGCAUUGAUUGCCUCAACAUUGGGAGUAUUUGCUCAUCUGGGGUGGCGUAUUUUUGGGAUAUUUUGAUAUUGGAACAAAAAGUUUUUAUGACAGGACAGGACAGGCAGGCAGGCGGAACUCUUUAAGAAACAGAGGAGAAAGGACAUCCCACUCAAUCUCUGACCAGCUCUCACGGGCGGCGGCGGCGAUCA